AGCAUCAAACACCACAAAAUGAGUAGCUCUUUACUUUCUUCAGCCACCUUUUUAUUUUUAAUCUUUUGGUCUUCGAAUGUGGCCAAUGCCAUUGUUCCACCCUCAAGGACCUUCAAGUACGUAAACGAAGGUGAUUUAGGAGAAUUAAGCGUCGAGUAUUUCGCAGACUAUCGUGCACUACCCAUUGCCUUGUUACCAUUCCAAUUAUGCUUCUACAACACCACUCCUAAUGCUUUCACCUUAGCACUAAGAAUGGGCAGUCGCCGGUCCGAGUCCAUAAUGAGGUGGGUCUGGGAAGCCAAUCGAGCAAGGCCUGUCGGCGAAAAUGCCACAUUGAUUUUUGGGUCUAACGGAAAUCUAGUGCUGGCCGAUGCCGAUGGAACCGUGGCAUGGCAAACGCGCACGGCCAACAAGGGUGUGGUAGGAUUGAAACUACUACAAAACGGUAACUUGGUUUUGUAUGAUAAGAAAGCCAGAUUCAUUUGGCAGAGUUUUGACCACCCGACAGACACACUUUUGGUGGGACAAGCCCUGCGAGCCAAUGGUCCGAACAAGCUGGUUAGUCGCACGUCUAUUGCCGAUGGAUCCGAAGGACCUUACAGCUUCGUUAUGGAGGAAAGGUACCUAAAGAUGUACUAUAAAAGCAUGAAUUCAGCUUUGCCUUUGCUAUAUUACAGGUCGUAUGAGUUCGGAAACGGGCAAGGUUCGUUAGCAAAUAUGAAGUUUUAUUGCUCGCCGGAGACCGAACAAGCGUAUGCUUUCGAGUUAGGGCUCACAUAUGAUAUGAAAGGCUCUUCUAGCUCAGGGACCCACAUUUUGACAAGGCCUAAAUACAAUGGCACAUAUUCCAUGCUCCGAGUGGAAUCAGAUGGUAACCUUAAGAUCUACACAUACAAUGAAAAUGUCAAUUGGGGAUACUGGGACAACACCUUUAAACUCUUUGACGGUGAAGACCAUGAAAGCCUUUGCAAUCUACCAAAAAGGUGCGGUUCACUGGGACUUUGCGAUGACAACCAAUGCGUGGCGUGUCCUACGCCAAAGGGCUUGCUAGGGUGGAGCAAAAGCUGUGUGCCGCCGGCACUGCCGCCGUGUAAAGGUGGUGCAAACGUGGGUUACUACAAAGUCGUGGGCGUUGAGCAUUUUACUAACGGAUAUACAGAAGGGGAUGGUCCCAUGAAGUUGAAUGAUUGUAGACUGAAAUGCAGCAAUGAUUGUGGGUGCUCAGGGUUCUUCUAUAGGGAGGAAUCAUCCAAAUGUCUGGUGGUUCCUGAGCUUGGUACUCUGGUCAAGGUCACCGAUCUUGCUCAUGUUGCCUACAUCAAGAUGCCCAAGUAGAUUCCUCUGUUUUGGAAAAAUGGAGCUCCAAUAUUUUAUACAUGGAUAGUUCUGAUAAUGA